AUGGCACGCGAUCUACGACGACCCCACGCAGGCUAUGGCAGGAUAGAAUUUUUGCGGGACCAGCGCACGCAAUGGCCGGUAGGGCCCAUGUGGAUAAUCGGCCGGUUGCGGGCCGAGCCGGCCAUGCAGAAAGAGUUUACUAUCCGGCGCCAAGCCCGACGGCUGCACAUGCCGAAGGUGGCGCAGUAUCUGGAGCGCGUGGCGCGAUUUAAGGAGAAAUUAGCAGUGCUUGUUCACGUGCGCAAUAUCUAUAUCGAGGACAGGAUGGUGGCGUUGGUGACGGCGUACCACAAGGGGUUUUACGCGAGUAACAAUAUAAAGAUUAUUCAUCGAUUUGUGCCACGGGAGCAACUAAGCGCAUGGCAUGCGAAGGAGACGCAGGGCACCACGGCGCAGGGCAUGCACGCAACGCAGGGAGUGCAUGCAGUGCAGGACACCACCACAGCGCAGGGCACCACCACAGCGCAGGGCACCACCACAGCGCAGGGCACCACGGCGCAGGGCAUGCACGCAACGCAGGGAACGCACGCAGUGCAGGGCACCACCACAGCGCAGGGCACGAACGCAACGCAGGGCACGCAGGGAAUACGCUUAGUACAGGCACCACCACCACAGCGCAGGGCACCACCACAGCGCAGGGCACCACGGCGCAGGGCAUGCACGCAACGCAGGGGAACGCACGCAGUGCAGGGCACUACCACAGCACAGGGGCACGAACACAACGCAGGGCACGCAGGGAAUACGCUCAGUACAGGGCACCACCACAGCUACAGGGCACCACCACAGCGCAAAAGCACCACCACAGUGCAAAGCACCACCACAGCGCAAAGCACCACCACAGCGCAAAGCACCACCACAGCGCAGGGUACCACGGCGCAGGGCACGCACGCAGCGCAGAUCCGCGAGGAUGCGUUUUUAUGGGGCCCCGACCCUGGAACCCGGCGCAAAUGGACGUCCGAGCGGUUCCGGGAGGUGUUAAAGCGCGAAACCAAGACCCGCUUAAAGCAGGCUAUUAAUAUCCAGUGGUAUCGGGAUAUCACCAUUGGGAUUAGCCGCCGAUUUUUGCGAGCCACCGCCGCGUUUGCCAGUAACAUGCAGGAGGAGAGAGACUUGGCACAGGCUGUGUUAAACGCCGACACCGAGGAGGGUAUGGACGAGGAGCAGUGGUUAAGCUAUAUUAUAGACUUGCAGGCGGCGCAUUCAUCCCAAUUGGCGGGUGGAGUAUACGGCCGUGGUAUUAUAAAGCAGCCCGGGACCACGGCGCAUCGCCGCGCAAUCCCGUUGGGGAAGCGCAAGAGAUUACCAUGGGAGGACGAAGCCGAGGAGGGCCGAGUCGUCCGACGUCACCGGUUAAAUAUUGCAGAUAUGCGCACCACAUUGCAGCAUAUAACCAGGCAGGAGGAUAUCCAGUUCCGGGGCGUCCAAGCACCGGCGUUGCGCGCCAUUCAAGACGACCGGAUCGUGAUCGACAAAUGCCAUGUGAUAUUAAACGACCAAACGGAUUUCCGACCCGAGUUGCGACAGCUGGGGCGGUUAAACCACGCGCGAACCCAGAUAGUGUUAUUAACUGCCACGUUGCUGCCGCAGUUAAAGGCGAAGUUAUUCCGGCGCAUGGAGUAUUCCCGCGAGCAAGUCUAUAUAUUUCGGGACCGGACAAGCCGUCCCAACGUGGCGUAUCGCGUGUGGCGGCCUGAGCUAGGUCGGUGUUCCAUGCAGUGGUUUACCAGCGAGCCGGUGCUCGCGUUUAUCCGCGAGCGAAUCCAGCGCGCCAAGGAUGGCAAGGUGGUGGUAUACGGCCAUGUGCGCUUUACCCGGGGCGAGGCGCGAGUAAUUACUGCCACCAGUGCAUUGGGCAUGGGUGUGGAUAUCCCCAAUAUUCGCAGUAUUAUCCACAUUGGAACACCGCGGUCGUUGUUGGAGUACGGGCAGGAAAGUGGGCGAGCCGGAUGGGAUGGCCAGCGCAGCGAGGCGAUUAUUAUCCAGCCCGAGGGCUGGGACGAGCCCAUGCCGGAGACGCCAGAGGCCGUGGCGGAUCGCGAGUUAGUGGACGAGUAUCUCGGGGGUGGCGCCCGGGGUGGGAUGUCGACGGAUAUUGAUUCCACGGAGGCACUAUGUGAUGGCUGUGACGCUGAUUGGCUCGCGCAGGAGUCGGUUUGCAUGUCCCCGGACAGAUAUUCCCCGGACACCCGCAUGGACGAUCUCGCCAGCACAACAAGCCCACCACGCGAGAUAAGUGCUACGGGCAGUCCCCAUUCCCAUGGCUUUAUAAAGCUCGUGGAAUCUUGGAGCAAUGUUUUGCUCACCGUCUUUGAGACCGUCGGGCGCGAUCUCGCAUGCAGGAUAUCGCUCCCUUGGUUGUCGCCAACCCCGAUCACGCGCAAACGCGUCGCAGUGGUAGUGGAGUCCAUCAAUGUCCACCAGACACGACGACGGUGGGAAUGUGGUGCAGCAUUGGGGGUUAGCCUGGUGGUCAUCAGUAUGGGCGACUGGUUCCCCGACAGUCACGAACUGAGCCACCUCCGCGAGCGAUUCAUUGCCACCAAUAUCACACCCGAUGCGGGCCUCACUGCGCGGAUCAUUGACGCUGUGCGGUCCUACCCCUUGCCGAUCGACGGUAUUUACACUACUGGCCAUCACUGGCUGGUAGCGGUCGCAGACGCAGCGGAGAUCUUAGGGCUGCCCACUGUUACGGAAACACUAUAA